AUGGAUCGGUAUCAGCAGUACGGAACGCAAGUCAAGGAGGAGGAUGCCGAGCUCGAAGACUGGAUACCGAUAAAGCAGGAGGAAGGGCUCGCGGAGCAAGUUCCCACUGUUGUCCCCAAAGCCGGAUCAUCUGGCGAGUCCACUCUAACUUCAUAUCGACGCCAAAAUAAACAAGACCGACGUCGAGAGAUUCAACGUUCUACCGGUAAACGCAAACGUGGUCCAAGAACCAAGAAGCCGCCAAAAAGAGUGCGCCUAGCAGAGAAACUACGAAAAGCCGAGGAGAUGAGCCAUCAGCCCGGCAAGAAAGAGAUCCGGGAUUCUCAGAUCCAGCAAGAGCUCUCCGACACCCGCAAGAUGAUUGCGGACCUUAAAGCACGCUCACAAGUGGGUGCACCGGAUGUACAAAUCUCGCCACCUCAUCACGUACCCGAGCCAAGCGUCAUGACCAAGGAAACAAGAACCAUAGCAGCAAUAAGAGCAGAUAUAGCGCGCCUGGAGCAAGAACUAAAGGAAGCAUGUCGGCAGGGCGAGAACGCCAUACGCGAUGCUCGCGCCACCGGUAACAACGACGGCGAUGUUGAAGCGCUGGAGAAAGAGCUUGCAAGGGAGCAAGGAAAGGAUCGGGCGACGGUUAGGAGGAUGCAGAAAGCUCUCAAGAAAGAGCAGGACAAGAGUGAAGAAGCGCACAGUGGCUCACAUCAAGUCAUCGAGCAGGAGGCUAGUAUGCCAGGCUGGCCGGGAAGUCGUGAUCUACCGAUUAGACAGCUCAUCAAGGUUGAGGACGAAGACAUGUAG